AGGCUCGGAGCCCGGGGUGUGGAGUCAGGGGCGGCCGGGGGAGCCAGGAAAGCGGGAAAAAGCGAGAAAACCGAGCGCAGGGCGGCGCUUAUCUCCACUAACAGGGCUUUGGAGUGCGCGGAAAGGGCGUCGAGGUGAUCACUGUGCGAAUGAGUGAGUGAUUCCGGCAGCUUUUUUCCAGGGCAGUAUGGGUUUGUGUCCCCUGCUCCUGUUCUUUGCUGUGGCCUUUGUGGCCCUCAGCUUAGCCCAGCAAACUACACCAGGUCCGUCGACGACCAUCAAAACUACAGCUUCUACGUUAUCCAACCAAACGUCCAUCGUCGUCGCCACACGAGAAGGUGUGGACAAAGCGGCCCAGGAGGAUCUCGAGCGCUCAGCCUCUGCCACUACGACUACGACUACGGCUCCGACUUCUGUGAAUUCCACGGCUGCACCUGCAGACCCCACGGCUGCACCUGCAGACCCAGCUAACGAUGGGGGGGGAGGGGAGGGAAAUUCAACAACUCCUAAUGUUGCUUCUGUCCCCUUCACAACUCCAGCGUUUAACACAACCUCACCCACUGACACUGGGCCUCACUCCAGCACUAGUUCUGAUUCUCUUCCUCAACCUGACACCAGCCCUCAACCUGGAGCGUCCACCAACGCCCCUGAGAUCAACACCACGCCAGAUGGCGGUGGAACCGGGGAAGAUGACACAGCGAUCAUCGCCGUGAUGGUGGCCUUGUCGUUCCUGCUGGUGAUAGUCUUCAUCAUCAUCGUCCUCUACAUGCUCAGGUUUAAGAAGUACAAGCAGGCAGGAAGCCACUCCAACUCUUUCAGACUGACCAACGGCAGGACGGAUGACACAGGUGCCCGGGAGCUUCAGAGUGUGCCGCUAUUGGCCCGCUCCCCAAGCACAAACAGGAAGUACCCGCCCCUUCCUGUGGACAAGCUGGAAGAGGAAAUGAACCGUCGCAUGGCCGAUGACAAUAAACUCUUCCGUGAGGAAUUCAAUGCCCUGCCCGUGUGCCCCAUCCAAGCCUCAUGUGACGCAGCCUCCAAGGAGGAGAACAAGGAGAAGAACCGUUACGUCAACAUCCUGCCUUACGAUCACUCCAGGGUGCACCUCUCCUCCCUGGAGGGCGUUCCAGAUUCCGAUUUCAUCAACGCCUCCUACAUUAAUGGCUACCAGGAGAAGAACAAAUUUAUAGCCGCCCAAGGGCCGAAGGAGGAGACGGUGAACGACUUCUGGAGAAUGAUCUGGGAGCAGAACACCGCCACCAUCGUCAUGGUAACCAACCUGAAGGAGAGGAAAGAGUGUAAAUGUGCGCAGUACUGGCCAGACCAGGGCUGCUGGACAUACGGGAACAUUCGCGUUUCAGUGGAGGACGUGAUGGUGCUGGUGGACUACACCAUCCGCAAGUUCUGCAUCCAGCAGGUGGGCGAUGUAUCUGGGAAGAAGCCUCAGAGGCUGGUCACUCAGUUCCAUUUCACCAGCUGGCCGGACUUUGGCGUCCCCUUCACGCCCAUCGGAAUGCUGAAGUUCCUCAAGAAGGUGAAGACGUGUAACCCGCAGUACGCCGGGCCCAUAGUGGUGCACUGCAGUGCGGGAGUGGGCAGGACAGGCACCUUCAUCGUGAUCGAUGCUAUGCUGGAUAUGAUGGGUGCUGAGAGGAAGGUUGACGUGUUUGGCUUCGUCACACGGAUCAGAGCACAGCGCUGCCAGAUGGUCCAGACAGACAUGCAGUACGUGUUCAUUUUCCAGGCUCUGUUGGAGCACUACUUAUAUGGGGACACAGAGUUGGAGGUGACUUCUCUGGAGUCUCACCUGGCCAAACUCUACGCCCCCUUACCUGGAGCUGGCUGUGGCGGCCUGGAGGCAGAGUUCAAGAAACUCACUUCCAUAAAGAUCCAGAACGAUAAGAUGAGAACAGGGAAUCUUCCUGCCAACAUGAAGAAGAAUCGUGUGCUGCAGAUCAUUCCAUAUGAGUUUAACAGAGUCAUAAUCCCUGUUAAACGUGGUGAGGAGAACACGGACUACGUCAACGCCUCCUUCAUUGAUGGCUACAGACAGAAGGACUCCUACAUGGCGAGCCAGGGGCCGCUGCAGCACACCAUCGAGGACUUCUGGAGGAUGAUCUGGGAGUGGAGGAGCUGCUCCAUCGUCAUGCUGACGGAACUGGAGGAGAGAGGACAGGAGAAGUGUGCUCAGUAUUGGCCCAGUGAUGGUGUGAUGGUGUGUGGCGACAUGUCCAUUGAGCUGAAGAGGGAGGAGGAAUGUGAGAGCUACACUGUGAGGGACCUGCUCGUCACCAACAACAGAGAGAAUAAAGCUCGGGCAGUUCGUCAGUUCCACUUCCACGGCUGGCCAGAGGUGGGCAUCCCCACAGAUGGCAAAGGAAUGAUCAACCUCAUCGCUGCUGUCCAGAAGCAGCAACAGCAGUCUGGAAACCACCCGAUCACUGUGCACUGCAGCGCCGGGGCGGGCCGUACAGGGACAUUCUGUGCUCUGAGUACAGUUCUGGAGCGAGUUAAAGCAGAGGGCAUUCUGGACGUGUUUCAGACAGUGAAGAGCCUGCGACUGCAGAGACCCCACAUGGUGCAGACACUGGAGCAGUAUGAAUUCUGCUACAAAGUGGUCCAGGAAUACAUCGAUGCCUUUUCUGACUACGCCAACUUCAAGUAGGGACCCUACAGAGUGACCAAGCAGGGACCCCACAGGGCGAACUUGGUCUUCUCUCGCUUCAAAGUCAAUCAGAAACACACACGGGACACGGAAUCACGGAAAAGGGAACAGAACCAAUGGGAACCAAUGAGGCGAGAGAGGUGCUGUUUUUGUCGGACGAGGACAAAAAAAAAAAAAA